GUAUGUUUUCGUCACGUUCGACAAACGACUUUGUGAGGAACGUUUCGGACAAGUUAACCGCAAUGUAGUGUUCAAUCGAACAGUUCUGGCGUUAAGCUUCAUAUAUGUGUACCGUUAAUUCUCGUCGGAAAAAAAAAAUAAUAAUAAACAAUCGAAAAAAUAUGAUGAUGAUACAAAACUGUGGAGGUUGAAAUGUUAAAUUAUAAAAAUUAUUGUCACAUCACGAUGAAAAAGCCAAUACGUGUGGUGGUCAUGCCUACAAGUAACGAAAAAAUAAAAACAAUCGCUGCCGAAAUCGCGGAAUAACGACUAUACACACACACACACACACACACACACACACACACACACACACAUACACGCACACACGCGAGUACACGAAACGCAGAUGUCGCGGGACAGGAAAAACUAUGAGGACACGGCGCAGGAAAUACUGUCGAAGCUGAUAUGGAUAGAGACGACGCUCAAGAAGAACGUGCUGGUGCCACCGACGGUGGUUUACGCGAACACCGUGACGGGUGGAGGACGGGACAAAAUAACCGAAGACAACGGAGGUGGAGGCGGAGGUAACGCGGACGCGACGUUGCAGGUGAUACGUCGGGUGAGCUCGCCGAUGGACGUGAACGGCGCGGCGACGGUCGAGAGGAUCGUGGAGAACGCCGAGCGGCUGGAGCGCUCACUCGAAGUGCUGGUGGAGGAGGCGCGGGACGACAGCGAGCGCCGGGCGGCCGCGUCCCAGCUGGCGGGCCGGUUGCGGUGGUUCCGCGAGGACCUGAACCGGUCGGACGGUCAGCUGGACGAGCUCUUGGUAGAGUACGAUGGUUACCGGAAGGCUUACUACCGGCUCCGGCAGCCGUCCGAGCGCCGAGUGUCCUGCUGCGCGUCCACCAACGACGAGACGUUCGUGUCAACCGAUGACGAGACGUUUGUGCCCACCGACGACGAGACGUUCGUGUCCACCGACCGCAGUCAUCCGGGACCACCGCCGCCGCCACGUGGUAUCCCGGGACGGGACGAAACGCUGCCGCGGAACAGCCCGGUCCGGGACGAGACGCCGCCACGGGACAGCCCGGUCAAGGACGAAACGCCACGUGAAGGUAACCCGGACCAGGACGACUACCACUUUACUGACCGGUCGCCGGACGCGCCGAACGGUGACGACGGUGUUACGGAGGCCACCCCCGACGUCCACGCGCAUUGCCGUCGCCCGGACGCCAACGCACACGGUGGACUUUACAAGUGCCCGGGGCUGCUGGACGUGACCAAGUGCAACCACGGUUCCGAGGAGCUACGGUCGGAAUGCACUUGUGGGACGGUGGAUGAAAACGCAAAUGAUCCUGACGAUUGGAAAUCGCUGCUCAGGAGGUACUGUUGUUUUUGUUUGCCGAUCGAGUGCAGUGCAUCUCUGUACAUGAAAUGAUCGAUUCGAAUACCACGCGAGAAAAUCAAAACG